GUCCGCCACCAGAGGCAGUCCGUCGGCCCAGGUGACCUGCGUCCGGUCAGCGGAACGCCGCGCGACCAUUGGCUGCUGAGGGUGACCUGCACCGGUGCAGCGGAACGCCGCGCGCCCAUUGGCUGCCGUCCGGAGGGUAGGCUGUGCCGCAGUACAGCAUUCGGCAGUGCCGACCGAUCUGGGUGGGCUGGCUGACCGCAGCGACCGUAAAGCCCGGUCUGCUCGUGGGGAGGGAACAACAGGAGGCGACAGAGGAGUGACAGGGAGCAGUGGUCGGAGGAGGAGUGAGAGGACGCCGCGAGGAACUGUGGGAGGAGUGACGGGCGGCCGCGCGAUGGCCGGACUCGGCGCAGUCCUGCCCGGGCUGCUGCUGCUGAUCGGCGCACUGUGGUCCCCGGCAGAGGCGACUGCUGACUGGGACAAUCCGUUCCUCUCUGCCGAUACGUCCGACGACUACAUCAAAGACGUGGAUGAAUCCAAUGCGGUCCUUACAGUAUACGAGGACGUCCCGAUUGGUCACAAGAUAGCCGAGCUCAACAUCGUGGCACAGACAGGUGACCCGGUGGUGGUGACGCAGCAGGACAAAACUGAUGAAAUCCGGUUCAGCUUCGACGGCAACAUCACCAAGCAAAAUGUCUACAUUCAGAGCGCUCUUGACCGGGAGAAGACGGAUUCUAUCACAGUUAGUCUGCUGCUGAACGGAGGAAGCCAGACAUUUAUUGCCAUUGAUGUAGCCGAUAUCAACGACAACACCCCGACAUUUGACGACCAGGGAUCGCAGAUAUCGCUGGACGUGCCAGAGAACCAGCUGAACGACUCGCUUCUCAUCCUGACGGCGACCGACGCUGACCCCGGAGCCACAGCCACCCUGACCUACACCAUGAACACCGGGGGUUACGAUGACGUGUUCAAGCUGACCUUGACCACAAAGGACAACAAGCCGGCUUGUCAGCUGAGACUUCUGAAGCAGCUGGACUACGAGACCAGACCGCUGUACAAACUCACCAUCACUGUCAAGGACACCCCCGAUGUCCGGGGAACCACGUUCAGCUCCUCCGUCACCGUCUUCGUCAACGUGCAGGACGUGGGGGACAGCCCACCUCGCUGGCUGCAGCCGCCAAUGGCCAGCAGCGUGGACGAAAACACGAACAAGGGCAGUGAGCUGUUCACUGUUCAAGCUAUAGAUGGCGACACCAGCGUCGACAACAACAUCACAUACUCCAUUCUCACUG